AUGAAUACGCGAAGGACGCGGCAGCACAACUGCAACCAAACACAGCAGCAGCAGCAGCAGCAGCAGCAACAGCAUCAGCACCAGCAGCAGCAGCAGAACCAGACCAGCAACAGCCGCAUCAGCAGCACAUCAGCAACAACAGCAGCAACAGCAGCAGCAGCAACAGCAGCAGCAGCAACAGCAGCAGCAGCAACAGCAGCAGCAGCAACAGCAGCAACAGCAGCAGCAGCACGAGAAACCAGAGAUGAGGAGGAGUUAUGUAAAAAACAACAACAACAGCAGCAACAACAGCACCAGCCACUGCAACAGCAACAGCAGCAGCAACAGCAGCAACAACAGCACCAGCCACUGCAACAGCAACAGCAGCAGCAACAGCAGCAACAAAAGCAGCAACAGCAGCAGCAACAACAGCAGCAACAACAGCAGCAACAACAGCACCAGCAACAGCGACAACACCAGCAGCAACAACAACAGCAGCAGCAACACCAGCAGCAGCAACAGCAGCAACAGCAACAGCAGCAACAGCAAGAGCCGACCUAUCGGGUGUUAUUUCUUUUUGCAUGA